AUGGCGGCGGGGGGCGCGGCGGACGCCCAGGCGCGCUUCGGCCACUCGGUGAAGGGGCUUCUGACCGAGAAGGUGACGAGCUGCGGCACCGACGUGAUCGCCCUCACCAAGCAGGUGCUGAAGGGCUCCCGCAGCGCCGAGCUCCUGGGUCAAGCUGCUAGAAACAUGGUGAUGCAAGAAGAUGCUAUCCUGCACUCGGAAGAUAGUUUAAGGAAAAUGGCCAUAAUAACCACUCAUCUACAGUACCAGCAAGAAGCAAUUCAGAAGAACGUUGAGCAGUCAUCAAACCUACAGGACCAGCUGAGUCACUUGCUGAAAUGAAGCAUAACCGAAGGCACGAGGACAUGUCGACUGGCAGUGAGGGCAGCGAAGCGUCCUUUCCCCUCCAGACCCCGGGGUUCAGACCUGUGUCUGGAUGGUGCUGGAUGUCAGCUGGGAUGCGUGCAGAGUCUGUGUUUCUGGGCACGUGGGCCCCUCUCACAUGCCUCCAUCUGUGUCUCUGCUCCAGAAUGCUUGCCUGCUCGCCAGUGCCUAACUGAAACAAACUUAUCUGAACCUUCACUCCCCCCAACAAUUCCUGUGUCUGCUUACUUCCCAUGUAUUGCAAGGUGCUCAGCCCACACUAGCACCCUCGGCAAGAAAUGUGUAAAAUUGAGCCGUGGGUUUUAAAUACAGGCGCCUGCCGUUUGACACUGGUCUGUAUUUAGACACAGAGAUGGCACAGAGUGCAAUUUAUUUAGGGCAUGUUAAUCAGCAGGAGCUGUAAGUGCCUGGGUGGGUGAGAGAGGUGCUUCAGUGCAGACUGAGGUGCCAGUUCCAGGCCAGAAUUUCUGAAAGCGGGAAUCUGGGCACACACCUCUCUCACUGGUCCAGCUGGACAUGGUUUGGCCAGCAUCCUGCUCGGAGGUUAUCUUCUUUUCCACUCUGCCAGAGUUUGGAACAUCAUCCCCUUGUCAACCGGUCUGCACUGCCUUCGGCCUUCAACUGCAUUCC